CCGGACGAGACCGCGCGACACCCACGCUGCCAACUAGACAGCCUCCGUCCCCGCCCCAGGUACCUGACCAUGUGGCCCCUGUGGCUCCUCUCGGCGCUGCUGGCCUUGGGCCAGGCCCUGCCGUUCGAGCAGAGGGGCUUUUGGGACUUCACCCUGGACGACGGGCUUCCCAUGCUGAAUGACGCCGAGGAGGCUUCGGGGGCCGACAGCACAUCGGGCGCCCCAGACCUGGACUCCAUCACCCCCACCUUCAGUGCCAUGUGCCCAUUCGGCUGCCACUGCCACCUGCGUGUGGUCCAGUGCUCCGAUCUAGGUCUUAAGGCGGUCCCCAAGGACAUCUCCCCGGACACCACAUUGCUGGACCUGCAGAACAAUGACAUCUCCGAGCUCCGCAAGGACGACUUUAAGGGCCUCCAGCACCUCUACGCUCUGGUCCUGGUGAACAACAAGAUCUCCAAGAUCCACGAGAAGGCCUUCAGCCCGCUGCGCAGGCUGCAGAAGCUGUACAUCUCCAAGAACCACCUGGUGGAGAUCCCGCCCAACCUGCCCAGCUCACUGGUGGAGCUGCGAAUUCACGACAACAGGAUCCGCAAGGUGCCCAAGGGCGUGUUCAGUGGCCUGCGCAACAUGAACUGCAUCGAGAUGGGCGGGAACCCCCUGGAAAACAGCGGCUUUGAGCCUGGAGCCUUCGAUGGCCUGAAGCUCAACUACCUGCGCAUCUCCGAGGCGAAGCUCACGGGCAUCCCCAAAGACCUCCCAGAGACCCUGAACGAGCUCCAUCUGGACCACAACAAGAUCCAGGCCAUUGAGCUGGAGGACCUGCUCCGCUACUCCAAGCUGUACAGGCUGGGCCUCGGCCACAACCAGAUCCGCAUGAUCGAGAACGGGAGCCUGAGCUUCCUGCCCAGCCUCCGGGAGCUCCACCUGGACAACAACAAGCUGGCUCGGGUGCCCGCCGGCCUCCCUGACCUCAAGCUCCUGCAGGUGGUAUAUCUGCACACUAACAACAUCACCACAGUGGGUGUCAACGACUUCUGCCCCGUGGGCUUCGGGGUGAAGCGGGCCUACUACAACGGCAUCAGCCUUUUCAACAACCCUGUGCCCUACUGGGAGGUGCAGCCGGCCACCUUCCGCUGCGUCACCGACCGCCUGGCCAUCCAGUUUGGCAACUAUAAGAAGUAGAGGCCUCGGCUGCAGCCUGGAGACCUGGACAGGGUCCCCGGGGAGCCCAGUGGCUGGCCUGAAGUGGGGCACAGAGGGAGAAACCCUGGCCCCUCCUUUGACCCGCAGCCCCCACUGAUUGCCCUAUGACCCCCUCGCCCUGGCUCCUGAGCAUGCGCACGGAGCCUGAGCCUGGCCCCCAUCCCAGCUGUCUCUGGCCACCCAUCCUAGCCACUCAGAGGUUCCCCCGACCAAGUUUUCUUUACAUUCACCCAGAAACCAAACUGCCCGAGGCACGAUUGCUGGAAAUGGUCCUUGGCCCUAGGAUGGGGGGAGAAGGCCGGGACAGUGGGGUGGAGACAGAGGACCCGGUUGAGUGCACCCCACUUGUUGGUCUUGUGCCCUCUCGGUUCCUGGCGCUCCAGAGCCUGCCAGGGUGCCCCUAUCCAGCGGUACUACCUUGUUCUCCUUGGGUGUCCCCCAGUCUGGGACUCUCCACCCUCCACUGUCCCUCUCUUCUCUCACAUUUUCAGGUCCAGAGUGCAGGGUCUUCCCGGUCAAGCGAAGGGGGGCAGUUGCUCUCCAACUCUUCCCUGCCCAGGCCUUCCCCCAAGCCUAGGUGAUCCCAGAGAAGCUACACAGCCCCAGGGCUCCCAGUCCACAUUCAGGAGGGGGCUGCGAGUCCCCAGCAUAGCUCUGUACCACCCCUGCCCCCAUGGGGACCCCCACCUGUCGCCUGCCAGUCUCAGUGUAUGUGGGGGGUGGGGUCAGGGCAAUCACACCCAGCUUGAGUCGGGGCUGCUUCUGACGUCAGUUGUUUUUCAAUUAAAAAACACUGUGCAGUA